UGCUAAGGAAUAAACGUCUUUUAACCGAAAAUGAUUACCGCAGGAUGACAGCACAUAGAGCCCCGAGACUUGAAUUUGCCAUGUUUGUCACAAACUCACCAGAUGCGUUUGACAUUGUGUGCCAGGUGCUGCUCAUACGCCGCGAGAGGACUAUUCUCAAGGAAUAUCUGAAUAACUGGAACAUCUUUGUCCGAUCAUGUGACUUCCUUGCAAAGGUUGAUGCAUUGAUGGAGCUGGAUAUUGCAAUUUAUGAGAGAAAUAUCGCUGUAUCAGCUUUUGUGAAUUCUUGCAUAGCCGGAGGACAAGAGUUGGAUGAAAGAAGAAGGAGAAUAACAACAACAGUGAUUGCAAGCUCUUCAGUCGGCAUUGUAUCUGGAGGUAUGGUCAUUGCAGGGAUCAUACUUGCCCCAUUUAGCUUUGGUGCAUCGUUAGGUCUUAGUUAUCGCAGGAGGGGCCAUUGGCGUAGGUUCCGGGGUUGCAGCAGGGACUGCAAGGACGGUUGAAGCUGUAAUCAGAACUCUAAACUGAAUGACAUCAAGGCGGAACAAGAAGAAAUUAAAUCAAAGGAACAAAGAGUAGCUUCAGCGCUUCAAAAAGUUGAAGAAUAUUUUAGAACAGAGAUUGCAAAUUCUAGCACGACGGACACCGAAGGUCCUGGAUCAAGCAUACGAGGUUUGCUUGCUAUUGGUUCAGCUCUCCGAGCUGGUCAUAGUAUAGCAGGUAUAGCUCUUGCAGCCGUUAGGUUAGGGACAACAGCCGCAGCUGUAACGGCAUCUGUUCUUGGACCUUUAUCUUUGGUAUUUGAUGUUGCAUUUCUGGCAGAAGCAGCGCAUAAUAAACACACAGGUGAUAAAACAAAUGCUGGAGAAAUGUUGCAUGACAUGGCUGAAACAGUUGAUGUAAAGUGCAAAAUAUUUAACAGUAUGCUCCGUGGAAAUUGUGACGAACACAGACGAUUAUUUGAGUGGGCCUGAAACAAUAGGUACAUGAUGUUAAUAAAAUAAAAGUAUUAAAGAAAGGCACAUACUGUUUAGGCAUAAUAUUCUUCUGAUCAAGUGUGUGUUGUUUUGUUACUAUGUGUUUGCGUCUGCUUAUAUGCAUAUUAAUUUUUCGCUGAGAGUAAAGGCAAUUCAAACACUUUUAACAUCAGAAUCUUUAUAUAAAAUAUUUUAAGGCAAAAGGUAAUUGUAUUGAUAUAUCGGAGUAGUUCUUUGUUUGUUUAAACUAUUUGUGGGUCGUCUAUAAUAAAGUACAUUAGAAAUACAGUAAAUAAUAUUAUUUUAUUUCAAAAAAUUACUUUCGGGAUAUCACAGUAAAGUAAAUUACGAAAACUGUACUGAAUAAAAAAUGGCAAUUCUUUGGAACUAUCAAGUGUUUAUUAACAUGUCAUACUAACUUGUCUGACAAAAUUAACUUUACUGAAUCUGCUAUUAAGGCCACUUCUGAAUGCUAUGCCGUCAAGUCAAGAUUUUGUAAAUGUAAAUAUUCGUCAAAUAUGAUAGAAUCUAACUAGACACUACGUUGCAUUACAUAAAUUAAAUAUGUAUUAUUUAGAAUUCGUUUCUAUCUAAUCAUACCGGCAUUCGCCAUUUAUAAUUUAUUUUUUGUGUUAUUGAAAAGGUGUAUUUUUUACUUUUGUUUACGUCACGUCAGUUUUAUUUUCAUUGUUCAGGAAAGAUUACAUUAUUUCGUUGAAAUGAUUUAAUCAUAUAAUGGCAUUGAAACGAAAGAGCAUUUGUUUUGAAAUGUGUGAUUAAAAGAAACUGUUUACAUGAUCUAACAUUAACUGUUGAUUUUUUCUAGUGAGCACACAUGUUACUGUGCACUUUCAUUGAGCAUAGAACAAACAAAAACACUUAAUUGACUUAUGAUUAUUAUAAAAAAUAAAGCACAUUUAGAAAAUAGAGUAUUGUCUUCUGCAUGAAUAUACGUUUACGAUUAUAUACUUUCAUGUAAAAUAUGUUUGGCGAAAAUAUGCAGAAAAGAAUCAAGUCACAGGAACAGGCUCAGUUCAUACGUGCUUUGUUAUUGAGCAAUGGUGUUUUGCAUUGUUUUUCUGUCAUUUCUCUAUGUAUUGUUUUAAAAUUUAAGUUUUAAUGUUUCAUUAUACAUGUAUUUUAUUUUAUUACAUAUAUAUUAUAUGAGAAGAAA